UGGCAGAAAGAGCUUACGUAUCAAGCUUUUAAAGGCACAGUUGAAUCAAUUGGAUUUUGUGGUUUCAAUUAUCUAUAUAUUUUUAGUUUUAUUGCAGACAAAUAGGUGGCUUACUCCCUCUACUCUCACACACUCUCACACUCUUCUCUACUCUGUAUAUCUUUAAAAAUCUAUAUAAACUAAAUGGCUUCUUACUUCCUACCUAAGUUCUGGGGAGGUUUUCAUAUUGGAUACCCAGAAUUGCAGAAGUUUUGCUGGUUUUUUCAACAUGCAAUGGGCCCCAAGUAAUUUUUUUAAAAGGUCUUUUCCUCAUUGUAAGUUUUGGUAGUUCUGCCCUUUUCCUUCCUGCCUGAUUUACUUAUUUCUCUAUAAAGUAUGUAAGAUAACUGUAGCUUUGCUAAAAGGUGAUUUAUAAUUCAUUAGAUUUCCUAGUUCACACUUCUAAAAGAUUAUGUCAUUGGAAGCAUUCCAAAGUUUUUCCAUUUUAUUAGUAAUAGAGAAAAAAAAUAGUAAACUAGUAACAAUUUCCACAUUGACAGGAAUAAAUGAAAUGUGAACCCUGUAUAAACUUCUGCAGUCUGGAGUUCUGGAGUUGUUUUCCAGCCUUGGCCUGCUAUAUAUUCUCUGUCAUGUGCUCUUAGGAACAGAAUCCAGAUCAGUUUACUUUCUAUUACAUAAUCUGAGUAGUUGUCACUGAGACUUAAACAUUAAGUAACUAUUUCCACCCAUAGGAGUCAUGUGUUGUGCGAGGAUAGAAGAAAAAUACUUUCCCAGUAUGUGAGAGAUGAUUCUUUUGGGCUGGGAUUUAAAUGAGUGGUAAGACAUAUACAAAAAAUACACUGGGCCAUAAUAUGGAGCAGAGAAGAGAGCCUAGACAGCUGGAUUCUGAUCACAAGAGCCCACAGUAACUUUCAUAAAGUUUACAAAAAUUAAUAUCAGCAGAAUUUCAAUUGGAAUCUAUUGCAUCUUCCUAAUGUCAAAUAUUCAGCUCAUAGAUGUAUGUGAAUAUUAUAUUCAGCAAUAAAUGAAUUAAAUAUUGCCACUUUCAAAUAAUGUUUAUGUAAAAAGAUACAAAUUUAGAUUUUGAAAAUAUUAAUUAGUGGUGCAGCCUAAGAAUAGGCUAGCUUUUCCCAUAAUUGAUAUUUUUUUUCCUGCAGAUUAGUAUUGAAAAAGAAUGGUAUUAAAAUGAAUAUCUGUUAUUGUUGAUAAUGGAAAAUCUGCUGCUUUCAAAAGAUUAUGCUAUUUAUUUUUCAAGCAAUAUUCAACAGCUGUGCAGAUAACUCCAUUAACACUGACUUAAAACCUUAGUUCUUCCAUUUAUAAAAUAUUACAACUGCAUGAAUCUAUAGCUCCCCACUUCCAAAUAUCAGAAUUCUUCAAAUACAUAUCAAACAAACAGCUCCAAAUUUACAUGACUUCUGUUCUGAGAAGUCUUCUUUUUAAAAUUUUUAUUCAAUGUGAGUUUUAGAGAAGAUGAGUGUACUGAUGUAGUUGAAAGGCUAAUGUUACCAAUAUUGUUCAAUAUUGGUCUAAAAAGAAUUAUAAUAUCAAUCAUUUGUAAGUUGUCAAGCUGGUAACCACCAUACUUUAAUAUGUGGGAGUAGUGCUAGAAUUUAAGAGAUUAUGUGAGUGGUUAGAAAUUAAUAAGUUUAUCAAUACUCUUGGAGUGUAAGGAGCUAAGACUUUGACUUAUGAAGGGUUUAGCUGAGCUUAUUAAUAUUAGUUCUUUAAUGGCAGAAGAAAGUUUUAGGUUGGUUUUUUUUUUUUUGAAAAGUUGAUUAAUUUGGUGUUUUUUUCCAGGUCUGCAGAAUUUUUCAACAACUUCAGUCAACUUACUGUUAAAUCUGAUUAAUUCUUCAGACUGAAUCACUGGCAUUUUCAAUUUAGCCAUCAACAGUUGAUUUCAUUUCACUUCAACUUGGGCAGAGUGACAACCUCUUUAGCUUAUAUAUUGUAUUGACUGUCUUUUUGAAGUAAUUAAAACAGAAUUGCAAUCACUUUGGUUGGAAUUCAUGUCACCUAACUAUAUUCAUGUAGGUGUUUAGUCAUCUAGAGUAAGCCAGUCAUGCAGGUUUCCCUUAAAAACAGUGAAAAAAGGUAAUAACAGAAGACAUGAUGAAUGGAAAUACAACUCAUGGCUAUGGCUGUGAAUACAGAUAAUGGAUUCCCAGGAGAAUGUGGUAGUACAACAUAUGAAGUUCAAAAUAAAAAACAAAUAAAAAAUCAAACCCAGACACAAAAAUCAAAUUAAUUAUAAAUACUGAAUUAAUAUAUAUUAGUUUCGACAGAUUAUGUUAGUCAUCUCACUACUGAUUUAGGAAUGCUCCAAAUUUGAUUUCAAUGAUGUAAUAACUCAAAUAUAUUUACAAUAUAAUUUUCUCAGAUGGAGGUUUUGGCCGUAGUGCAAAUAGAAUUUUAAUUAGACUAAUAGCAUAAUUUAUAUGCUUUGCUUUUUAUAGGGAAGCAUCUUUCAGGACUCACUUCUGUGUCCGUAAUCCUAUUUUGAGUCUUCUAAGAGGAAGAAAGGAAUUCCAUGUCUAGUUGGAGAAGAGACAGAGACCAAAAAUGCCACCUGCAACAGGAGCACCAGAUUACCCACCUCCUGAUGGAGGCUGGGGAUGGGUUGUGGUCUUUGGGGCUUUUAUCUCCAUUGGAUUUUCCUAUGCCUUCCCCAAAGCCAUCACAGUGUUCUUCAAAGAAAUACAAGAGAUCUUCCACACAUCAUAUAGUGAGAUAGCUUGGAUAUCAUCGAUAAUGUUGGCUGUCAUGUAUGCAGGAGGUCCCAUAAGUAGCAUUUUGGUGAAUAAGUAUGGCAGCCGGCCUGUGAUGAUAGCAGGGGGUAUCCUGUGUUCUUUUGGAAUGAUUGCAUCCUCCUUCUGCAAUAGUGUCCUUGAGCUGUAUAUAUGUAUCGGUGUGGUUGGAGGUCUGGGUUUAGCAUUCAACUUACAGCCUGCCUUGACCAUGAUUGGCAAGUAUUUCUAUAAGAAGCGUCCCAUCGCCAAUGGAUUGGCAAUGGCUGGAAGUCCAGUGUUUCUGAGCACAUUGGCACCUCUCAAUCAAUUCCUCUUUAAUGCUUUUGGCUGGAAAGGAAGCUUUCUUAUUCUGGGAGGACUUCUUUUGAACUGCUGUGUGGCUGGAUCACUUAUGAGACCUGUUGGACCAAAGAAAGUCCCUCCUGUGAAAAAAGAUGUUGAAAAAGGCACAGGAGAUUCUGCCUUGCACAAAAACAACAAGAAGUCUUGUUGGCAAACUAUGAAUAAGUAUCUAGAUCUGUCCCUCUUCAAGCACAGAGGGUUUCUGAUAUAUUUGUCAGGAAAUGUCAUUAUGUUUAUUGGUUUCUUUGCUCCGAUAGUAUUCUUGGCUCCUUAUGCCAAGCACAAGGGAAUUGAUGAAUAUUCUGCUGCUUUUUUGCUCUCUAUCUUAGCCUUUGUAGACAUGUUUGCUAGGCCUUCCAUGGGACUUGUAGCAAACUCCAGGUUUAUCCGGCCAAAGAUUCAGUAUUUUUUUAGUUUUGCGGUCUUGUACAAUGGCGUCUGUCAUAUCUUGUGCCCUCUGGCAAAAAAUUACACUGGCUUGGUGAUAUAUGCUGUAUUUUUUGGGUUUGCAUUUGGAAUGGUUAGCAGUGUUCUUUUUGAGACAUUGAUGGACCUUGUUGGAGCUGCAAGAUUUUCCAGUGCGGUGGGACUUGUCACCAUUGUGGAAUGUUGCCCUGUGCUCAUAGGCCCUCCUCUAGGAGGUUGGUUAGUAGAUGUUACUGGUGAAUAUCAGUACAUGUAUUUUGUCUGCGGAGUAAUUGUGACUGUGGCCAGUAUCUGGUUGUUCAUUGGCAAUGCCAUCAACUACAGGCUUUUGGCAAAAGAAAAGAAGUUAGAAGAUGAGAAACAGAAAGCACAGAAGAACGCUGACCCAAAGGAAGCAGAACCAUUAACAAACAAUGAGAAUGAAGAUGCUUCCAGCAGAGCUGAUAAAGCCCUUGAAGAUCCAUCAGAAAGAGAAACCAAUAUUUAAUUUGAGAUAUAGCUCAGAAAGCAACAUUUAUGACUUCCAUUAGGAAUAUGUCUUCAAGACACAGGCCAAGUUUUGUGGUAAUAAUGAUCAGUCGCAAUAUUGGAUGGGAUCAUAUUUUUGCCCUAUGGCAAGACUCAAAGCUAAAUUACUAUCUACAGUUUAUUUGUUUCAUCGAUACAAAAUUGCAAUUACAGAGGUAGUGACUCAAUGCAAAUGAGUCCAUUAAAUUUUGACUCUGGACAAUCAAGAGUUAGAUAAACCAGGCUAUAAAGCCUUCCAAUGACAAACUCUUUUGUUUCUUAAGUGUAUCUAGUGCAAAAGUAUCUCCUACUCUUAUUUGGGAAGAUACUUGCAUUCAUCUUUACAAUGUGGUUAAAGUCUAUUGAAAUAAUCUGCCCAAAUUCUACUUACCAUUAGUAUUAAAGAGAACAUAAAGUCAAAGAUUUGUUUCAAAAGACACAUAAUACCUGACCGUAGAACACUGAAACAUUAUUCUCUUUUGUGCACCCACUAGAUAAAAAAUAUGGCUGCAUAAGCAAUUAUGGAUAUAAAAGUUAAGUGUAGGAGACAAAUAAUUGGUGAACACACCUCUAAAAUGUAAUAAAAAGCUGAUUUAUAAUAUAUUCCAGAAGUAGUUUCCUCCAGUGACAGCUGAUUACACAGUACUUCAACAUAUAUACUUUUGAAUACAAAGUAUGGUCACACUUUACUAAUUCAAACUAGCUGAAAUCUGCCUGUACAUAAAAGGUUUAAACCCAAGAUUUACAUAUCUAACAAGAGUGGCAAUCAGUUUGUUUGACUAUGUAUUCCUGUGUAGCUGAAGGAUCUGGAUCAGUCUGUGAAGCCAUUUUCCUAAAGGGACUAGAUUCAUAAUCUGCUGAUGUUAAAAGGAUACUAACCCUUGGCUUUUGUGGCCUUAAUGAGUUUCAUGACAAUGACUUCAAAGUAGAUGUUUGGCUUUAUUGUUUGAUGGUUUCUUGAGAGGAGAUUUAAGACCUACCUUCAGAUCUUUGCGGAUGGGUAGCUUCCCAGUUCCCACUUCCUUUUCCCAGCAAUUUAGUGAAAAGCUACUUAUUUUUUUGUAGUGCUGCUUUGAGCAAAAAUGCUGCAAGGCACCUUGACAAUGCCAGUCUGGAAGCUUUGUAUUGACACAUCAGUUUUAUGCAGGAUGUUUAGUCUUGUGUCUACAGUUUCAGGCACACCAUCAUAUAAAUUAAAAUGUACAAAAUUGUUCCUCUUCCUUUAGACAAAAAAAGGCAUAAACCUACAAUUUUACUUUACACAAAUCAUUUAGUACUGCAUUUGAAAGUUAAAAGUGCGGGCUUCUGAAGAUAAUAUGUGAAAUUAUUUCUGUUCUAUUUCUUGGUAAGGAAGGGUGCUAUUCAUUUUGGAGGGAUGCUUAUAAAUGCCUCAAAAAUUGUGAAAAUUAAGGGUCUGAUUCAUAAAACAUUUAUGCACUGUUUAUGCAGGAUACACCUACACUCAAUUCCAGGAAAAGAAUACUAUUCAUUUUAGUCCUCUUCUAAAUUUCAAAAUUUCAAAAAGUUGGAAAUAUAUUGGACAGACAGCUAACUGUGAUAAACACACUUUUAAGUGCCAAUAACAAAAUUAAAAACUCAAUAGUAAAAUCCAGUAGAUAUGGGAGGGCUUUUAAGAAAGUUAUUUCUUAAUAUUGAUAUGUUCAAUAUUAUUUUAAUUUUUCUUCUAAAAAUGUUGAUAGUGUUUGCAUCUGUUUUACUGGUUUAUCAUUUUAUAAAGUUCCACAGUAAUGCUGAUUUUUAAAAUUUUCUCAUCACUGUUUUGGGAAGAAACAUGAAUCUACUCUCAGCAUGGUACAGAAUUUAAUACCUACUUUUUACCUAGUUAUAUUCAGGAAAACCAAACUUCUCCAACAAAUCCUGUCAAUUUUUAGGAGCAUCAGAAACAAAAUAUAUGCAUUUCAGAGUUUUGGGAGAAAAUAUGUGUUGCAUGUUCAGACUGGAGCCGUGUACUGUGUAAAGGGGAAUGAUUCAGUCCCAGUAAAAUUAAAGUUCCUCUCCCAAGCCCCAGCUUUGGAGAGGAAGUAAAUCCAUUGCAUCUCCCUCUGAACCUUAGCCUUGCCAGCACCCUGUGACAUGAAGCAUUGCUCUCUUUUUGGCUGUACAAACAUAGUGAAUUCCAGGAGCUGUGAAGGCCUGUGUGCCCAUAGCCAGAAAGUGUUGAGUUUCAUAGACACUAAGCUUUCACACAGUGAGAAUUAUCAGUUAUAAAUACUGGAUUGUGAAAGAUGAACUGAAAUUUCAGCUGAAGAGUGGUCAUCAGGAAUAUCACUCUGCUCUUGAUAGCCACUGAUAGAAAUGCAGAGAUUAUUUGAAAAUAGAUUAAUACAGGAACUGAACCAAAAUAUCUGAGGUAAAAUUUUAGGUGCUUAUUGUUAUCUCUUUGCAAAAAAGCAGCAUGAUUACGAAUAAGGGUAGAAUACAAGUGUCAACUUUUGACUGAAGGCUGUUAAAAGUUGCUGUUAAGUAAAUAAGGGAUUCAGAAAAAUUAUGAUAAAAAGAAGUCUCUCAGGAAAUAUGCAGGCAACUUGCCUGUUCUAUGCAGGAUCUCAGAAUACAAAAUGAUAUGGCAUAGGAAAUAAGGGAAAAACAAAGAUCCUCGAGCCAUAGACACACCUGACCACUAGUAGAAAAAAUUAUCUCACCAUCUCAGAGGAAAUAAAAAUUUCUAUAAACAUUCUACAGAGAAUCUACCCUUUUAUCUCUGGUCCAUUAUGUUAAAAGGCAAUUGGAGUGCAAGAGUUGCUUUGCCACCAUUCACCAAUAUUCAUUUUUUAAUCCUAUAAGGCAAAAUGAUGUGGCAAGGCAACUAGAGUAAUAUAAAGUAGGAAGAGCCAAGUUAAACAUUUCCUUACACCUCUUUCAUUACUCUUUCUCUUAAUAAUAGCAACAAAAUAAAACCCAUCAGCAUACUCUUAAUACUACUGAAUAUUAAAGAAGUUAAAACCCAGAGAUGAGUGAAGAAAAUUGGAACUGUAUCUAUGCAAAAACUGCCUCGAAUUAAAAACCUGUGUCUUCCAAAUUACAGAGCAAUUGCCUAGUAUAGGUAGCUCAUUUCUAAAAGUAAUGAUAAUAAUAAAUUGCCUUGAAUCAACUUUAUUCUGAACAUCAGAGUUGCAAAAUGAGUAUAACUUGGUUUCAAACUCUUGAAUAUCACUCCUACUUGCGCUGACCUGUAAUUUGUACUGUAAAUCAUUUCAUCACUACAUUUCUGCUUUUGAGAUUAGACCUGGGUAUAUACAUAAUUCUCUGAAUUGCUCUGGUUUCUCUCAAUUACCUCACCCUCAGUUUGAACCAGUGAAGGGUCAGGAUUAAGACAUUCCCCUAAUCAGUGAUGAAGAAAUAUACUCAAACUUUCUAGUACAUGUGUCUCUUAUGCACGCUAAGAAUCUGGAGUCUCAGUCAGUGCAAGCAAAUCCUUAAUUGGUCUUGGUCUCAUUUAUGCUCGUGUAUACUUCAUUCUUUUAAUUUCUCAGCUACAGUAUUUCUAAGCCUGUUUGCCCUUUUACUCUUCUAGAAAAAAUAAUGCAAAAAAUUUAAAACUUGUAGGAAGGUGGAUAGCAUAAAUAAUAUUUUCCCCAAUUUUAUAUCAGGAUUAAAUUUCAAGUUGUUUUAAAGUGCACAACCAGAUAUUUCUCACUCUUUUGGGGUUUUUUACGUCAUAUAGUCUAUUACCUGGAGAAUUCUCCUGUACUGCCCUUUCCAACUCAAGAGAGACUCCUCAGUAAUAAUUUGCAGUACUGUUUCAGGAAUGUAAAAAAAUUUCACCCCUCCCUUCUCACCCCAUUGAAGUGUGGUUGCAAUUGUUGUUAAUUCUGUAUUUCCAGAAAAGCAUCUUUUUAUAUGAAAGACUAAAAUGCUUUUAUUUCAGGAGUUUGUUUUGUGAACUGUUUUGACAGAGCUAGGGAGAAUCUUAUUUCAUCUUGAAAAAGAUUUUUUUAAGUGAUGCUGUCAUUAUUGAGAGGAGGUAUAGCUUUACUUACUGCUGAAGUGAAUGGCAGCAAUUUCACUGACAUUGAUUCAAAAUUCACAUGAAUUUUAAUAGUCGUGUUGCAUAUCAGUAUCCACUGUGCUUAAAAAACAUUUGACAAUGUGAACAUGAUUGUUCCUCCCAGAGAAUUAUCAUUCCUUUUAAACAUUCACCGCCUCCACCCCCCCAUACUUCAUUUUUAACAAAAAAUUUGGACUGAGUAUGUAGUGACUUAUCUUUAAUUCUUUCUUGUUUUUUCCUGAAAUGACACGUUUUCCAUGUUCCCAAAUGCAACAUUUUUCACUUCCUUUUUCAUGUCUGGUUGUGAAUAUUAGUGGAGAGAUAUUACUGGGAUACAUAAGUUAAAGAGACCACAUGCAGCCAGAUUUUGGACUGCUAUCAAGAUUUCACUAAAUAAAGCCAGUUACUGCUUUUAUAGAUGAACAUGCUAUAAAUAACACUGACAAUUUUGCCUAUAACAUAAUUUAAUCAGGCAAUUUUUGUUAGUUUCUCUAUAGAUUACUAUUUUUCUACUCACAGAGAGGACUAUAAAGGAAAUUUUAAAAUAAUUAUUUUCAGAGAUGGCUUACCAGUUUUAACAAGGCUGUUUGGAUUUUUUUGGGGGUGGGUGCACUUCUGAUAUUUGUGCAAAUAUAUGUAUAAUGAAAGUGUUUGCAUGUACUAUCACAUUUUUUAUCAGAAUUUGCAUAAGCAUUGCUGUGUAAUUUUAACAUAAUUUGCAUGUUGUAGUUUUGCAGUUCAAAUUUUUCUCAUCAUCUACCUCUCAGUUGAAGUUUGGAGACUUGCACAACCCUGGAAGAAUCAAGUUAACAAUAUGCAUAAUGGUAAAAACUGUGCAGACUAUUAGAAAGUCUCCCAAAUACUAAAUACUAAAGCUGCUUACACUUCUGUUUUCAAGACAGUAUAUCUGUGACUACGUAUCAGUUCACAUAUCUUUAAUCGUAACCCAUACCUGUGAAGUAUUUGCAUCACUGAUCUGGUUUGAAAAUUCAGUGUGUCACUUAGCUAUCCAAAGUCUAAUGAUCAUUCUGUGAGAUGCUGGCCCACUAUUAUUUUUUGUUUUCUUACAAUUUCUGAGUUAGAGAAAUGAACUAAGUUAAUAUAUCCAAAGAGUUUAUAAAAUUAUUACAGAACAUUUUGCAUUUUGCAUCCCUGAAGAAAAAGUUGUGUUUCUGGGUUAGAAAUAAUAGAAAAUUUUAGCUUUCUUUCCCUUUUAUGGGGCAAUUGAAGGAAGUAGUCACAAAAUACUAAAGUGGGGUCAAGGAAUGAUGGUUAUUCUUCAUAUGCUCUUUACGAAAGCAAAUAUGAUUGUUCCUUCAAAGAUAUUUUUCAAACCAUUCUUGCCUUCUAGGACCUAUUACAUAGUCCACUAAAGCCAACAUAAAAAUACCAAUCAAAGAGUUUUACCAGACAUUGGAGGUGAUGUGGCUUCAGUGGAUAUUUCAGCCUUAUUUUCUCCAUUCCAAAUCUCAGGUCUGUCAGAUAUAACACAACAAACACAGGAUUUGUUACAGCUGGCAAAUUUUCUAUGCCUGCAUAAUAUUUCUAAUGAAUCAGUCCCUAAAUUAACGCACAAUAUGUAUUAUUUUAAUAGUCUAUGUAAAUAAAUUUAAAAAAAAUCCCACCAUACACUCUGAAUGUAGAUUAUAAAAUACAGAAGCUAUAUUUGAAUAAAUAUCCAAACAAGUCUGUCAACCCCAAAGGAAAUUAUCUAUUUCCUUCCAAGCCUUCCUUGAGCAGUUGAUAACCUUAAUUUUUUUUAUUUCCAGAGAAAAUGGUUUAUGUCAUCUGUGAAUGUAUAUAUGGACAUAUAUAAGGGAAUAUAUAUGCAGAUAUGGUAUGUGUGUAUAUAUGUAUUCCCCUAUAUAUAAAAGUCUCAUUUAUAUAUAUUAUAUAUAUUUAUGUAUAUAUAAAAUAUAUAUAAUGUUUUAGAAUAAGUUGCAUAUUGUGCCUGAUAAAUAAAACAUAAUUGUAAGCAAAUAAAAAAUUUCCACAAAUGACAGAAAAAAUUGAAGCUUUUCUGUAAGAGCAUAUGUUAUUUUUCAGUUUCUGCUAGAUUUAUUUAUAGUAGAAAUUAAUUCAAAAAGCUGCAGUAUUACAUAACACUGGUUUCUAACCAUGACUCAGUUCAAAGCAGCCUAAGAUCACUGAGAAUGUUCAUUGAGAUAGACAGCAAAACCUGCAUUGUUGGUGAACUUGAUGGCAGGGUGUCAUUGCUGUGGAAAUAUUAACUAAAUGAUCUCUGAACAGACUGCAACCAAUGUACUGAGUUUUUUUCUAAUGUCAUCUGUAUGACCAGUUCAUACAUAUUGGUGGACAUGGUAUCCUUGUAACAAGUAUGGAAAAUGAGAAUUCCCAUCCCCUGCAAACAAUAUUCCUGUUAGAGUAAUAUAUUAAAUUCUCCAAAACAUUAGUCACUAAAAACACUGACAAUGUAUCAUACCUUUUACAGGUUUUGGUGUUUUUAAUUUGUCUUCAAGUAGGCCCAUGAAAAAUCUACAUUUGGCUUUCACUCUAUAAAAGUUAUACCUUAAAAUUAUUGAGAGAUUUUUCAGAGUGGUAGAUAAGUCAUUUACAUAUAUUCCCUUCCUCAAAGAGUGAUACAGCUGCAUCUUCCACUUAUAGGCUACUUGGAAAGUUCACCAUAUCUGCAGUUUAUCAACAGAACCUGGUAUUGCUAUGCAAUAAUUAAACAUGCAGUAACCAUUGUUGUUGACUAAUAAAGUUAUUUCUUCCUUUCUGUAUUUUGCAAUACUAUAUGGUUUUUACUUGAAUAUAUUGGCUAGAUUUUUUUUUUGACAAUCAUUUAUUAGCUAGAGGUGCUAUUUAUGUUCCAAAGAGAUAUGAGUGAAUGAUAACGUUCUCUUUUUAGAUGCCAAAUCCUUUUUUUGACCUGACAAAAUUCAUUGUUCAUAAUGUAUAUUAACCCUGUAAAAUGCUUAUGCAUUGCAUUAAAUUGUAUUUAAAUGCAUUUUUGUUAAUUAACUUCUAUUCCAGGCUUGUACUACUGUGUAACAUGUCACAUUUGUCCAUAUAUAUUUAUGAGAAAUUACAAUGAAAAUUGUGUAUAAUAAGCAAUUGGGAGACAAAAAAGAAAAAUGAAAAUAAAAUUUCCAUGUAAAGUUUUUCUGAAA